UUUUAUUAGGGACCCAGACCCAGUAUGGUAGAAGUGUAGCACCAGAACUCUAGAAGCGCAUUUUUGUUUUUGAUUUGCUUUUGCUACCCUAAUUGUCGUUGGCUCGUAAACGCGAGUCCAUUGCUGUUCCUCGUUUGUCUAGUAGGCAAGGGAAACAGUACGCAAAGGAAGGAAGGAAAAUGGUGUUUGGGCAAGUAGUAGUUGGUCCUCCUGGCUCUGGCAAAACAACUUAUUGCAAUGGCAUGUCUCAGUUUCUCAGUCUAAUUGGAAGGAAGGUUGCUGUUAUCAAUUUGGAUCCUGCUAAUGAUUCAUUACCCUAUGAAUGUGCUGUGAACAUUGAGGAUCUUGUGAAACUAAGUGAUGUAAUGGUGGAACAUUCGCUUGGUCCAAAUGGGGGUCUUGUGUAUUGUAUGGAUUAUCUAGAGAAAAAUAUUGACUGGUUGCAAGCAAAACUGGAACCUCUUUUGAAAGAUCACUACCUACUCUUUGAUUUUCCUGGCCAAGUGGAACUAUUUUUUCUUCAUUCAAAUGCCAAGAAUGUCAUCUUGAAACUCAUAAAGAAAUUGAACCUAAGGUUAACUGCGAUGCAUUUGAUUGAUGCCCAUCUUUGCAGUGACCCUGGGAAGUAUAUUAGUGCAUUGCUUUUAUCCUUGUCCACAAUGCUACAUCUGGAGCUCCCUCACAUAAAUGUCUUGUCAAAAAUUGAUUUAAUUGAGAGCUAUGGAAGGCUAGCAUUUAACCUUGAUUUCUAUACAGACGUGCAAGAUUUGAAAUAUUUACAAUACCAUCUUGAUCAGGAUCCUCGCUCUGCUAAGUACAGAAAGCUCACAAAGGAACUUUGUGAAGUUAUUGAAAACUUCAGUCUUGUGAGUUUUACAACCUUGGAUAUUCAGGACAAAGAAAGUGUAGGGAAUUUAGUGAAGCUUAUAGACAAAAGCAAUGGGUAUAUAUUUGCUGGCAUGGAUGCAAGUGCAGUUGAAUUUAGCAAGAUUGCAAUUGGUCCUGUUGAUUGGGAUUAUUAUAGAGUUGCAGCAGUGCAAGAGAAGUACAUGAAGGAUGAUGAAAAUAUUGAUGAUAAUGAAUAAUGGGUAAAAGGUAAAUAAUUGAAAGAGAAUGACACCUUGAUAUUGCACAGGUCAUUUAUUGUGAGAGUUUGGAUUUUCGUCCUUAUAGUAGUGAAGAUCAUGAAAACAUAAUUGAAGCAGGGGAUCUACUAGUUAGUUUCAUGAUAUUAGCUAAUUCAGGCUUCUCCAACAGCCAAAAAGUCAAUUUCCAGUUUUGGGCUGACUUUGUACUAUAUUAUAAUUACAAUCCUACAUCUUGGAGUUCCGAAUGAGAUCUUUGUUUGUUCGUUGAAGUUGAUUCAUGUUAAGUUAAGCAUCAAGCGGAGAUGUUUUCGCUUUGAUAGAGAGUUGUGUUUGGGAACCAAGUAAUAUCUAUUUAUUCGAUUAAAGUGAAUGGCAUUUUGUAAAGU